UCCGCUCGCUGGAUCCACCCAUGCAGCGAGUGCAGUUCCUGUUGGGCAGUUUGCAGCCGGCCCCCUUCAGGAUGAUGCUGUCUGGGUGCAGGAGGAGGCUGUGGUGCGCACUGUCCUUCCUGGGAGCUGGGGCUGGCUACAGAGUCGGCUCUGCUUUUUUUGGAAACGGCGCGCAGGAUCAAACCAGUUUCGAAUUGAGAAACUCCAAAGUGGUUUCUCAGGCCAACAUGAAAGUUGAGCUUCUUCCGGCGCUAACCGACAACUACAUGUACCUCCUCAUCGAUGAGGAGACCAAAGAGGCGGCCAUUGUCGACCCUGUGCAGCCACAAAAGGUGGUUGAUGCCGUCAAGAAACAUGGAGUGAAACUGACGACCGUCCUCACAACCCACCACCACUGGGAUCAUGCCGGCGGAAACGAGAAACUUGUGAAGCUGGUUUCUGGGUUAAAGGUGUACGGCGGAGAUAGCAGAGUUGGGGCGCUUACCCAAAAAGUCUCUCAUCUGACCUCAUUUCAGGUGGGGUCUCUCCAUGUGAAAUGCCUUUUCACCCCCUGUCACACCUCAGGCCAUAUCUGCUACUUUGUGACGCAGCCGAACAGCUCAGAUCCCCCCGCGGUAUUCACCGGUGACACCCUGUUUGUCGCUGGGUGCGGGAAGUUCUUUGAAGGGACGGCGGAGGAGAUGUACAAAGCCUUGGUUGAGAUAUUAGGUCAACUUCCUCCCGAAACGAGAGUCUACUGCGGACACGAAUACACAAUCAACAACUUAAAGUUUGCACGUCACGUCGAACCAAACAACGAGGCCAUAAAACAAAAGUUAUCGUGGGCCAAGGAGACUUACAACAAUGGAGAACCCACCAUACCUUCAACCAUUGCAGAAGAAUUUACUUUUAAUCCCUUUAUGAGAGUGAGAGAGAAGUCCGUGCAGCACCACGCCGGCAAAGAUGACCCGAUUUCAACCAUGGGUGCAAUCCGUAAAGAAAAAGAUAAUUUCAAGAAGUCGUCAUCUCGGCUCUGAGCGCAAGCUCCUGUGCUUCCCAAAUUUUUCGGCACCUGCUAUGAUUUGGAAGAUUAUGUACCGUGAUCAGACGUCCGCCGGAGGACUUGCUUUCAUUCAUUCCGAGACUUGUUUUUGGACUAGGAUUGUCUUUUGGGUAUAAAGAUAUCUUUGACGGUCCUGCAGCCAUAAGAAGCCAACUGUGUUUCUGCAGUCAUAAGAAUAUAUUUUGUAUUUAAAUGAAAUCCCGUGUUCCGUUACGUACCCAAGAUCAACAUCUCGGUGGUAACCUGGUGGCCGCGAUAAUCUGUAAAUAAAAUGUUUGAAGUAA